CGCUCAAAUUCAGCUGCUUCUCGAGCACGAACGCCAAAUUGCAGUUGACGAGCCGGCUAUUGACCGGUAACCUGAUGUCGUUGCUUCAAGUCACCAAUUUUGGCGCCGCGGCCUGGCCGCACGAUCAGCACUCUCCAGAGCUGUGGCACGCGUGGGCCUUGAACGAAUGGAAGAAGCGGUGAGCUCAUACGGCAUGCCCACGAUGCGCCCGCAAGUUCGACGGAUACUGAUGCUUCAAAUUUGUCAAUUGACCCCCGUCGUUGCGCGCCCAGCUUGGUGCUUUUGACAUCGGUCGAAGAUGCUGCCCAAAUGAUCUUUUUCGGUCACUCCUUUGGAAUGCAGCGCUCGAUGAUAGAAUCCAUGAGGAUGCCGUACGCCUCCGAGAUAUGGAACAAGCCGGAUGCCCACUCUUGGGCCGAAAGCAUGAGGAUGCUUGCGGAAGCGCCACCCACACUUCCUCAGGCGCUAUCCACCCUCGCCUCGCCCAAGGCUGCUUUGAGGCCCGGCCUCGCAACGCCAUUUUCCAUGUGGAUUCUGAUACACAUCCAAGUCAAUAGUGCUUGCAACGCGCUGCGUUUGGCACAGUCCGCGGUCAAAGCGCACGCCGCCGCAACAGCCAAGAACGCAAUGCAAGCCCACGAAAUGCAACGCAAGGGCAGCACUGCAUCAUCGGACGCCUCUGCUCUCGGCACCUCGGCGUCGAGCGCGUCGACGCCGUGGUAUCCAUCCAAGACGACGUCUGGUGGGCCCGCCACUGUUACCACUCAUCCGGACCAUUUGUCCCCCAGCACGCAACAGGCGCUGAUUGUAAAGCUCGAACAGCUUAUCAUCUCGCUCGAACGGUGGAGAGUGCAUUGGGUGGAGGGCGAAAGAGCGGGCUUCGAUUCCGAGGCAUACCGAACGGCCCCCCAACGAUUCAUCUUCGACGCGGUGCCUUUCGUGGCGCUGUGCACCGCCUUUAUGAGGCGGACGAUGCGCGUGCUGAAAAGUGGAGGGAAUACAGAGGGCCUCAGGCCGCGUUUGAAUGAACUCGACAAUUGGGUCGCUUUGACCACAUGCUCCAAUCCGACCGAACACUCCAACGAGUCGGCUCACGAUAUGAACAUUGACGGGGGCGAGGCCUGUACGACGCCGGAUGUGGAGGAGAACCCAGACGAGUCGUGGGCCAGCAAAUAUUUGCAAAGCUUGCGGGCUUCCAGAGCGGAGAGGAAAGGCAAGCUUUCAGCCAGGUCCAGCUCUGCCCCUGCAUCUGAUUCCACGGACGCAUCUGGGUCUGCCCCUGCGAGUGCAGCUUCCAGGCGACCCUCGAUCCAUCCCUUGUGGCUCAUCGAGGAUCUAGCCAUCGCUGAGCCGGCCAGGCACGAUUCGGGGUGAACUCUCGCGCACGCUGCGCAACCUCGGACGUUGCCACGCUCUCGCCCUCUCGCCGCCGGCCAACAAGUUGGGAAGCUGUGAUUCCUCUCUCUCCAUUCUCCACAAUUUGGCCGAAACGUGCUCUCGCGGGGACAUUCCAGCUCCAACAUGCCCCAUCUCCUAUCGCUAGCGGGCCAGUGUGCGCCUUCUUUCAAGAAAGAAGCCUUGGGCGCUGUACUUCAUCUGUUCAACUUGUACACAAGCUCCGUGAAAUAGAACAUUUUUUUAUUUUUUA